GAUUAUUGUCAAAAAAAAGUUGGUGUGUGUUUUUUUUUUGUGAAAGCUGAAUGAUUUUAACUAAAACACGCCCUAAAUGACAGACUGUGUGAAAUUUAUUUGUCUGUGAUAGUUUAAUUAUGUCUAGAGCAAAGCUGGCCAGAAGUGUUGUCGAUACUUGCGCAGAUUGCGGAGCAUUUGAUCCUACCUGGGCCUCCAUUAAUAAAGGGAUCCUCAUUUGUGAUGAAUGCUGCAGUGUACAUAGAACGCUUGGCAGACACGUCUCCCAUGUCAAGUCAUUGCGAAAGGGAACAUGGAUUCCUGCCCAACUAGCUAUGGUUCAUGCCCUUCACAGCAAUGGAGCUAAUAGUAUAUGGGAGCAUUCAUUGCUCGAUCCCACUAACAGCAAGUCAGUGAGAAAGAAGCCACAGGCCAAAGAUCCUGUCAAACCAACAAAGGCAGACUUUAUUAGAACCAAACAUCAGUUACUUGGUUUUGUAUUCAGAGGAGGAAACAAAGAAGAUAAGGACAGCGGUGAUUUACAAGAUGGAGAUGUAUCAAAGCAACUCCAUUCUAGCGUCAGAACAGCUAAUUUGGAAACCAGCUUGCGAUUGUUGUCUUGUGGGGCAGAUCCCAAUUACCUCCAUCAGGAAAAAGGAACAUGCCCCUUGCAUGUAGCAGCUGGUGCUGGCCAAGCAUCACAGGUAGAAUUACUCCUAAUAUAUGGCGCCGAUCCCGGAGGUUUGGACUCGUUUAACAAGACUCCUGCCGAUCACUCGAGUGAAGCGGGGUACAAGGAUAUUUCUCAUCGUCUGGUAGAAAGUCAGUUCGAGUUGACUGACCGCAUCAGUUACUAUCUGUGCGAACGAAAGCCAGAUCAUUCAUCUGGUCAGCAUUUUCUUAUUCCCGAAAUGGCGGAUUCCAUUGACAGUAACUCUGAAGUAGCUAAAGCUGCAAAGCGUAAACUCCAAAUGCUACCAAACUAUUUGUUCGAAGAGAUGGCCAUGGAUGCCUACGAUGAAGUCGAUCGAAGAGAAACGGAGCAAUAUUGGCUGUCGCUUCAAGGACCAGUUCUUCUGCAGACGGUUGAUCGGAGCCACAGCGUUCCCUUUUUGCCUGUUAACGCAGAGCUAUCACCUACACGAAAUCAGGCCCGCCAGAAACUUGGCCGACUUAACGCCCGUGAGUUUGCCACGUUGUUGAUUGAUUUACUAUCGGAGGCGAAAAGGAGACAGCAAGGGGGGAUGGUUUUCUCCCUCAAAGAUAUACAACCCAACAUGAAACUCGACGGCUCAGAUGAUGAGCCGCUUUACGACAGUGUUGCUUCCGAAGAAGAAUUUGUAUUAGCGGAGCAGCAGCAAAUCUUGGCCGAACAAAAAUUGGCCAACAGUAUUAAGGGACUCCAGGACUUGAAUCAACAAAAGAGUGGCGUCUCGGUGGAGGCAUACAUUGGCAUCAAAGAGCAGCUAUCCUUGAGCAACGUGAGAAUGCAGGAACUACUAGCCAGCAACACCAACAUGCAGACGCAAAUCGCCCAACUGCAAAACAUGGUCCAGACCCUGGUCCAGGAGAAUAACCAGUUGAAAACACAACCGGUUCCUGUGGUCGCUGGAGCAGCCCAGCCAGUCGCUCUCAACGGUCCAGCCACCUCGUCUUCAAAAAGCCUAGAAGAGCCAGUAACUUUGAGGGGUUCUAAAAUUCACGCCGCCCGCCAUUACAGCAUGUAUGAGCCAAGAGAAGGACCACGCUCCCCACAGCGAUCGACUCCCACGAAUAGCCCGGCUGCUGCUGCUUCUGCCGCCUCUGCUACCUCUUUACCAGUGCCAACUACCUCCGACGAGGUAGUCCGGCGAACAAAUAUUAUUACCAAGCGCAUCCAGGAAGUCUUUCACAAUGUUCAAAAUCGACGUCAUGAUCAAGUAGAGCCUUGUGCUCAACGGAUUGUUGAAGCCGUACAGUCCAUGGCUACCAUCGUCCCUCAGGGGUCGAGUGAAGAAGUGAAAACUUGCAUCAAUCAGCUGACAACGAGCGCUUUUCGGUUGCUGGCCGAGUGCCACGAAGCUGGAACUGUAGCCUCUUGCCCACCAGAUCAAGCCGUCACUCAGCGGAUCAUUCAAGGCGCUUACGACGUGGCCAAGGCCACUAAACAACUGGUCACGCUCUUCCAGUAGCACGUCUAUUUUUGCGUAUUUAUGUUUUUUGCCUAUCUAAAUAAUGCUAAGAAAAUAGUAAAAUGAAAUUGUUGAUUGAAUGAAAUCCUCUAAAUAAUUUAGCGUUUCAAACACAAGUGAUUGCCUAUUAUUUGACUAUAAAAUACUUUCUGUUCUAUUUCAAAACUAAAAGUGCCUCUUAUUGCAAUAAACAAGUCGAUGGAUC